AUGCUCAGCGAAAUAAUUUCUUCCCUCAACAUGAUUACUCAAACAGAAGUAGUUGAACAAAUUAUGCAAAAACUAGCAUUUGAAGUAGAAGCAGUUCCCAGAAACAAGUCAGAUCAUGUCACCAGUGUCUCUAAAAGCACACCAUUGAAUGUAAAAAUAAGAGUAAGGAAAAAAGACGAAGAUACAGCAGAAGAAUACGUAACAACAACUACAAAACACAUGAAAGGUUUACAAAGAGUGCGACUAGUGAGCAGUGAUCAAACGAUCCUGAAUUUCGAUGUUUUUAUGGAAGCAGAAUUUGAAAAAAAGCCACCACCGAAGAAAAUCCGUAAACAAAUUUUCGAGAUGCUAAAACCAGGGGUAUUUUUAGGAGCAUUGGAAGAUGAUGAUUACACUCACAUACCUAGUUCCUCAUAUAAUGCACCAAGUCAAACAACCAAAUCAGAUGGUACAUUAAAGCACACAUUUACACUGUCUAAAAACGUGUAUCAAGAUUACACAGUCUCUACGCAAUCAGGAGAACAAAAGUAUUUUUUUGGCAAAUGCAAACCAGGAGGAUGUUUAGACCCACCUUUUAGUGAAGAUACAUAUUCUUAUAAACCAACUAUGAAACCAGAUCCUAAAAAAAUAAUAGCUGAAAAAAGUGUUUCAAAUAAAGAAAAGACACCAGAAAAGGAAGUUGUUGAAAGCGAUACUGAUGGUAAUAAACAACCAAUACUUCGCAAUCGCGAAGACUCUAAAAAUGGAAGACAUAGUUCAAUAUUUGAUGGCAGCUUCUUCAAGAGAAAACCAAAGUCUAGUGAACAAUCCACAAAUACACAACCGCCAGAACAAAAGGAUUCAGUUGUUAACAUUUUCCAAGGAGACCCAUUGGUUAACUCCACAAGUGGUCAUUCCAAUUCUAUUAUAACUUACCCUCCAAAAAUGUCUAGUGAUUUAAAAGUUAAUGAGGAGAAAGUUAAAAGUCGGAGUCCCAGUGAAGAUAAACCAAGAAAAUCUUUCAAUGAACAUUCAGAAUCUUAUUUUAUUCCUCCAAAAGGCAUGAGUCGGGAUAAAGACAAUGAUAAAAUGAAUCAAAAUGAAACAAAACGUCGUUCAUCUGACAAAAAUGCACACAAGGGAUUUAAAUUUCCUGGAAUCAUUCCCGUUCCUAUUCCAAUUCCAAUACCAUCUACUAAACCAGACUCUGAAAAUAAUGCACCAACCGAUCAAGUUUUAGCUACCAACGAUAACAAAAACACAAAAGAUUUAAAUUUAGAACCAAGUAAACACUUACCAAUCGAAAUGAAAUCAGUAGGUACUCAGACAUCUCUUCAAUUGCAAGACUCAUCUACAGGAGACACUGCAGUUGAUUCCAUUCAGUCUUUUAAAGUAGUUCCUUUAGAUGUCACUGACGUUGGUCAACCACCAAAUAAAGAUGCGGAUACAGAAUCAAAGUCUCCUAACACAGACGAUUUACAAAAACAAGAAUCAAAAGAAUUAUCCAAUCCAAGGAUAUACCCAAUUGUACCGGUAAUUCCCAUCCCUAAAGAUUCAAAUUUGGAAAAAUCUGAAAGUACGGAACACGAUGUUGUUGAGACAAUGCCGGAAGAAAGUGAGCCAGAAAAAGAUAUAAAGUCACAAAGUAGUAAUGAUAAUCAAGAAGGAUUAAAUAAAGACAACCAUCCUCUCAAACCGAUUCCUACAGAUAUAAUAAAUGAAAAUGAAGCAGAGGGCAAAACUAAUGAAUUAGACAUGAAACAAAAAGAAUCAGAACAAAGUAUGCUAGUUACAGACAAUAUGAGUACAGACUCUCAAAAACCGUUAUAUACUGAUACGUCUGAUGGAAAAGCAAGAGAAUCCAUCCCUGAAGACAUAACACAACCAUACAUCGAUAACAAACAGUACGAUGAAAGCAGAGAUUCCAAAAUAGAUUUAGAUGAAAAUAAAAAUGAGAAAUCCGAAGUUUUCGAAAGUGACACUGAUACAGCAAACGAUCUAACAAGUAUAUCAUCUACUGAACCUACUUUUGAGAGUGAAAAGGAAAAAGAUGAGAUAUUUCCAAGCGGUAAUGGUAAAGACUAUGUAGCAGCACCGUUAAUAAUCGAAGAAAUAACCACUCCACCAGAUAAAGAUGCUAAUAAUAAAAAAGAUUCAAUUGACGAUCACCGGGAGGAGAGCAAAGAUAACAUAACUGAUCAAUUUCCUACUAAUAUUCCACCAAAACUUCCAAAGAUUCCAAAGGAAAAAUUUGAUUCUCCUGAUGAAUGUGUAUUACCUGUAAAUGUAGACAACAACGUUAAAAUAAUUACUAAACCACCAAAAGUCCUGACUGAAAGAACAGAUUCAAACGAUAACUCUACAAACGAAAUUACUAAAAGCAUCGAUACUACAAGUAUUCCAAUAUUAUCUCCUGAUCAAUCUGCGAACACAGUAAGAAGCGCAUUAAAAAAAGACUAUAUUAAUGUAGAAUUAGGUUUCUAUAGUCGUCUAAACGACAAAAAUGAACGAGUUAUUACAACGUUCGAUACUAAACAUGUGCCAACUCGAUCACCGAAUGAUUUGGUAACGAUAGUUAAAUCUCAAAUACGGAUUUCUUCAAACGAAAUAAGGAUUCCUGUAGAUGCGGAACAUGACAUGUCUAUUCAAAUCAAAAAGCCUAACCAACGUGUUUCUAUUAACGAAUCUAAAUUCUUGCCCGAUAAUGUUCAAGUGACUAAACCGAAGUCCAUUGAACCCAAUGAUGGGGAAACUAUCAGUCCAAAAACAAACAAAUCUGAUGAAGGCGCCAAGAACGGUGAACUUGAAAUUAGCAUAAUAGAAUUCUAUGAACAGGAAUUAAUUCCAUUACAGUUGAUUAUAAGGAACUUAAGAGAUGAGAUUGAUGUUUUAGCGGCACAACAAUCGGUUUUUAAAGAUAAAAUAUUUUGUACAAACAAAACAAAGACGCGAGCACCCCAUUCGAAUAAAAAAUGUUUUGGGUGUCUGAAAAAAUAA